GCAGGUCCCAUAGGUAUGGAUCUCUGGCAGCUGCUGUUGACCUUGGCACUGGCAGGCUCAAGCGAUGCUUUUUCUGGGCAUGAGGUCACACCAGCUACCUUUGGCAAAGCAUCACAGAGUCUGCAAAGAGUUAAUCCAGGCCUGAGGACAAAUUCUUCUGGGAAGCCUAAAUUCACCAAGUGCCGUUCACCUGAACUAGAGACAUUUUCAUGCUACUGGACAGAUGGGGGUCAUCAUGGCUUAAAGACCCCAGGAUCCAUACAGCUGUUCUAUAUUAGAAGGAGCACUCAAGAAUGGACCCAAGAAUGGAAGGAAUGUCCCGAUUAUGUCUCUGCUGGAGAAAACAGCUGUCACUUUAACUCGUCAUAUACCUCCAUUUGGAUACCCUACUGUAUCAAGCUAACUGACAACGGUGGUACGGUGGAUCAGAAGUGCUUCUCAGUUGAGGAAAUAGUGCAACCUGAUCCACCCAUUGGCCUCAACUGGACUUUAUUGAACAUCAGUUUAACUGGGAUUCAUGCUGAUAUCCAAGUAAGAUGGGAACCACCACCCAAUGCAGAUGUUCAGAAGGGAUGGAUAGUUCUGGAAUAUGAACUUCAAUACAAAGAAGUAAAUGAAACUCAGUGGAAGACGAUGGACCCAAUAUUGUCAACAUCAGUUCCUGUAUACUCCUUGAGACUGGAUAAAGAAUAUGAAGUGCGUGUGAGAUCCAGACAACGAAAUUCAGAGAAAUAUGGCGAGUUCAGUGAGGUGCUCUUUGUAACACUUCCUCAAAUGAGCCCAUACGCAUGUGAAGAAGAUUUCCGGUUUCCAUGGUUUUUAAUUAUUAUCUUUGGAAUAUUUGGACUAACAGUGAUGCUAUUUGUAGUCAUAUUUUCUAAACAGCAAAGGAUUAAGAUGCUGAUUUUGCCCCCAGUACCAGUUCCAAAGAUUAAAGGAAUUGAUCCAGACCUCCUCAAGGAAGGAAAAUUAGAGGAGGUGAACACAAUCUUAGCCAUUCAUGAUAACUAUAAACCUGAAUUCUACAAUGAUGACUCUUGGGUUGAAUUUAUUGAACUCGAUAUUGAUGAUCCUGAUGAAAAGACUGAAGGAUCAGACACAGACAGACUUCUAAGCAACGACCAUCAGAAAUCACUAAAUGUCCUUGGGGCCAAGGACGACGACUCGGGCCGAACCAGUUGUUAUGAACCCGACAUUCUGGAGACGGAUUUCAAUGCCAAUGACUUAGGGGAUGGUACCUCAGAGGUGGCUCAGCCACAAAGGUUAAAAGGGGAAGCCGAUCUCUUGUGCCUUGACCAUAAGAAUCAAAAUGAGUCACCUUAUCAUGAUGCUUCCCCUGCCAUUCAACAACCCAGCAUCAUCCUGGCAGAGGAAGAGGACAAACCACAACCACUUCUCAUUGGUGAAACUGAGUCAGCUCACCAAGUUGCCCCUACUCAGAUAAGCAAUCCGAAUUCACUGGCAAACAUUGACUUUUAUGCCCAGGUGAGUGACAUUACACCAGCAGGGAGUGUGGUCCUUUCCCCGGGCCAAAAGAAUAAGGCUGGGAUAGCCCAGUGCGACACGCAUCUAGAAAUGGCCUCACUGUGCCAAGCGAACUUCAUCAUGGACAAUGCCUACUUCUGUGAGGCAGAUGCCAAAAAGUGCAUCGCUGUGGCCCCUCAUGUGGAGGGCGAGUCACAUGCAGAGCCAAGCUUUAACCAGGAGGAUAUUUACAUCACCACAGAAAGCCUUACCACUACUGCUGGGAGGUCUGGGACAGCAGAACAUGCCCCAGGUUCUGAGUUGCCCGUCCCAGACUAUACCUCGAUUCAUAUAGUACAGUCUCCACAGGGCCUUGUCCUCAAUGCGACUGCCUUGCCCUUGCGGGACAAAGAGUUUCUCUCAUCGUGUGGCUACGUCAGCACUGACCACCUGAACAAAAUCAUGCCGUAGCCUUACUUUGAUUUCCCAAGAAUAACAUAGUGAAUUGCCAAGAAUUGGCUGGGGCAUGAAUGCUGAAACCAAAACAAUCUUUAAACAUUUGGGGGGAGACUGUGAGGGUGGGUAUGGAUUCAAAUGCCUUUUCCUGAAAUGUGGAAAUGUUAUUAAAAGGUAAAAAAAAACAAGAACAUUUAAUCAGAGAGAUAUUCCCGUUGUGAAUUGUAAAUAUUUUAAAGAAUUGUCUCAAAAGACUCUUCAAUAGCAGUGAUUGUCUUAUUAUUGUGGGUGUUAAUUUUGUGAUACUAAGCAUCGGAUGGCUACGUUUUUAAUGUAUAGUAAAUUGUGCUUUUUGAAAAAGCAAAAACAAUCAGGUGGCUUUUGCAGUUCAGGAAAUCAAAUGCAAAUCAUAGCACAGGCUAAUUUUUUUUUCUUUUUUUAAUAAUUGGGAAGUAAAAAUCUAGGUAAGAAAGCAAAAGUAGUUUGGAUAUGUAAAACAUUUAUUUUGACAUAAAAUUGAUAAAGAUAUUUUUAAUAAUUUAAACUUCAAGCAUGGCUAUUUUAUAAUACACUGCACACUGUGUACUGUAGUUCUCAAUGACCCCAUCUAAGGAAUGUAGUAACUACAGUCUAAAGCUGGUUUAAUGCUUCAGUCAAUACACCUGAAGAAAAACAGACAAGCUAGUUUUUUAUAAGUCCCUUUUUUAUACCUCCCCAAAGUUCUUAAGUAAUUCUAAGAUCUCUAAUAACCUGCAUUAUUGGAAUAUACUCAUUUUAUCUGAAUUUUUAAACAGAUAUUUUUAAGUUAGAAAACUUUUAAAUGUUUACAUGGAUCAAUGCACCAUAAACCAAAAAACAGGAAGGAGAAAAAAUACAAAAACAAACAAAAAACCCUUCUUUACCAAAUUUCAGUGCAAGCCAGAGAGCUAAUGCUAAGACAAGCAGAAGUUACAGCUGGCUCCCCUGGUCCAGGCUGCUGACGUGCGGAAGUGCACGUGGUAUGAAUUUUUUUUAGCACACAGAUCAUGAGAAAUAAGCUCCAAAACCUGCAAUGGUAUCUUUUCAAACACAGCUUGGUUUCAUUUCAUAGUUACCUAAAAGAAGAAUAAAGUAUAAGCAGCAUUUUGUAAGUAGAAGCAGAUCAAAUGAAGUUAACUGAACAAUGGAACAGAAAGCUUAAGAAAUAGGUUUUUGUUCCAUAGUCUAUAGCUGAGGACACAUUCAUUAUUUGUGGUAACAAGGGACAGAUGGUAAGCAAGCCAAAAGAGAACUCAAAAUUAAUCAAACCAGUAGAAGAAGCUUUCUCACCAAGCCUAAUAGGAUUUACUUAAAACUGUAAAAUAAAUUUCAUCAUUUUUUAUUUCCCCUUUGAGAGGAUUGGCCUCCAACCAGGUAGUCAGAAGAAAAUGAAGGAGCCUAAGUAAUUCUUAUCAAUUAUUUUCCAAUUCUUUAACAACCUAAACAUUAUCCUUUGGAAUAGCUCCCCUAAAGGUUUAUGAAAGAGAAGAAUCUCAUCUCACGGAAUAUGUCUCACUUUAAGUAUUUUUUUAAAAACACUUUAAACUUUAAAAUUAGUUCUAUUUGCCAUUUAGCGCAAGACCUUUUGGGGAAGCAAGCUUAAUGGCUGGCGGUUCCCUCUUUCUUACGGAAAAGACAGUGAAAAAUCUAGAAUUGGGUGUUUAAAGUUCAACAUGUUACUUCGUGAUAGAUGUUUAAUAGAUUCUCUGCUACCUUGCUGCUAUGGUUUUCUCUAAAAGCUACAAAAUUUAGUUUCAUAUAAAACAUCAUCAAUGUAGAGCCUAAUUCAACUUAAAGCUGUGUUUUUGGAAGAAUUAUAUUACUAUUUCACAAUAGGCUGACCACAUUUCUAUAGCCAAAAAUAGCUAAAUACCUCAAUCAGUCUCAGAAUGUCAUUUUGGUACUUUGCUGGCCACACAAGCCAUUAUUCACUAGUAUGACUAGUUGUGUCCUGCAGUCUAUAUUUAACUUUCUUUAUGUCUGUGGAUUUGUUCCUUCAAAGUUUAAUAAAUUUAUUUUCUUGGAUUCCUGAA